CGGCUGUGUGUGUUUGUGUCUAGCCUGGCGCUAUUGUUGUUGUUUCUCGUGGGAACGGAACGGGGAACGAAGAGACAGUUUAUGCCCUAGCAAUAACAAAAACAACAACUAGAGAGAGAGACAUUGUCGCCGUGCAGUCGCCUUGCUGCCGCUGCCGCCGUCGACGUCGCUGCCGCGGCGAGCAGUUCGAUCCGCUCGCUAGUUGUUGCUGUUUAGUGUUCGUUGUGGUGUCGCUUGUUGUUGUUUUGUUUUGAUCCGUUCCGAAUCUGAGUGUGAAUCUGAAUCUGAAUCAGAUUGCUUAUUACCUAUAAUAUAUAGUGCAAAAAGUGUCUGUGUGCCUGUAAUUGUGAUUGUUGUUUGUUGUAAUUGCACCCGCACACACACACACGGCCGCAGCCACGAGCACCACUCGUAUACGUGCACACGGGAAGAGCGCAUUCCAAUCCAAUCCGAUCCCUGUGCACGCACACACACAGCCACCAUGGAAAUUUGGCGCUCGCUCACAGUGGGCACCAUCGUGCUUCUGGGCCUCGCCUGCUUCUGCACAGUGGAGUCCUGCAACGAGGUCGUCUGCGCCUCGAUCGUCUCCAAGUGCAUGCUCACCCAGAGCUGCAAGUGCGAGCUGAAGAACUGUUCCUGCUGCAAGGAGUGCCUCAAGUGCCUGGGCAAGAACUACGAGGAGUGCUGCAGCUGUGUGGAACUCUGCCCGAAACCCAACGACACGCGCAACUCGCUGUCCAAGAAGUCCCACGUAGAGGACUUUGAUGGAGUGCCGGAGCUAUUCAACGCCGUGGCCACUCCGGAUGAGGGCGACAGCUUCGGCUACAAUUGGAACGUGUUCACGUUUCAAGUGGACUUCGACAAGUACCUAAAGGGUCCCAAGUUGGAGAAGGACGGUCAUUACUUCUUGAGAACCAAUGAUAAGAACCUGGACGAGGCGAUUCAGGAGCGGGACAACAUAGUGACUGUGAACUGCACGGUGAUAUAUCUGGACCAGUGCGUGUCGUGGAACAAGUGCCGCACCAGCUGUCAGACAACAGGGGCCAGCAGUACAAGAUGGUUCCACGACGGCUGCUGCGAGUGCGUGGGCUCCACGUGCAUCAACUACGGCGUCAACGAGAGCCGCUGUCGAAAGUGCCCGGAGUCGAAGGGCGAGGUGGGCGACGAGCUGGACGACGCUAUGGAGGAGGAGAUGCAGGACUUCGGCGAGAGCAUGGGCCCCUUCGACGGACCCGUGAACAACAACUACUGAGCAAAUGCCAUUCAACGAACAGAACAGAAAUUUAGCUACUCAAUUCAGUGACAUUAUUAUUAUGUAGUACGAAGUAAUAUUUGUAUAGCACUAUUAUUAUUAUUUUAUUUACAAAAAUCGAAUAGGCGCUUUGAAUUGUUUUACUUAUUGAACCGGCCAAGAUAUAUAUAUUAUACGUAUAUUUUUUUUAACUUUUA